AUGGCGGACGCCGUAUCCAAAGAACUGGGUCUGAACAAGCCUACCCACCAACACGGCGCCUCUGCAAGCGAUCACACGCAGGAGAAGGUCGGUUCUGAACCACCGCGCUCCGACGUCGACACCGUCGGCGACCUCGAACAUGACUACGAGAAGGGCCGUGAAGCGGUACGCACCGCAUCGCGCAAUUCCCACGGUCUCGCGCACACCCAGUCCGGCGUCGAUGUCGAGCAGGCCGAGCGCGACUUCGCCGAGUUGAGCAAGCAGUUCAGUGCGCACAGUCGGCGCAUGUCCAGGACGUACUCGCAUGCGAAGGCAUCGAUUGCCCAGGAUGUCGAGAAGGCGGUCUCGAGCGAGGCGACCUCGGAAGAAGCUUGGGAUCUAGAAGAAACACUGAGAGGCGCGAGAGAAGCAGACUAUGAAGCUGGCAUAAAAUCGAAAUAUAUUGGUGUCAUCUGGGACAAAUUGACGGUGCGAGGCAUCGGCGGCGUUAAGAACUUUGUCAAGGUCUUCCCCGAUGCUUUCGUCGACUUUUUCAAUGUGCCGGGUACCAUCAUGCACCUCCUGGGCUACGGGAAAAAGGGUCGCGAAUUCGACAUUCUCAACAACUUUAGGGGCGUAACCAAACCUGGCGAGAUGGUGCUUGUGCUCGGUCGGCCCGGUAGUGGAUGCACAACGUUCCUUAAAGUCAUUGCAAAUCAGCGAUAUGGUUACACCGGUAUCGACGGUGAGGUUCUCUAUGGCCCCUUCGACGCUGCAACGUUUGAAAAGCGAUUCAGAGGUGAAGCUGUCUACAACCAGGAGGAUGAUGUCCAUCAUCCGUCCCUGACGGUAGGUCAGACCCUGGGCUUUGCGCUCGACACCAAGACCCCUGGCAAGCGGCCGAAUGGCAUGAGCAAGAAGGACUUCAAAGACGCCAUCAUCAAGUUGUUACUUAAGAUGUUCAACAUUGAGCACACCAUCAAUACUGUGGUCGGGAAUCCUUUUAUCCGCGGCGUUUCCGGCGGUGAGCGCAAACGUGUCUCUAUCGCCGAGAUGAUGGUAACGAGGGCUACUGUCUGCGCGUGGGACAACAGCACUCGAGGCUUAGAUGCGUCGACCGCUUCCGACUACGCCAAAUCCUUACGAAUUAUGACCAACAUCUACAAGACGACUACUUUUGUGUCUCUCUACCAAGCCUCCGAAACAAUCUACAAUCAGUUUGAUAAAGUCAUGGUUGUUUCUGAAGGGAAGCAGGUCUUCUUCGGCCCCGCGAAGGAGGCGCGUGCCUAUUUCGAAGGCUUGGGCUUCCUCGAGAAGCCGCGGCAGACGACACCUGACUACCUGACCGGCUGUACAGAUGAGUUCGAGCGCGAAUACAAGCCUGGGAGGUCUGCCGAGAACGCACCGUCGACAGCCGAGUCGUUCGUGGAGGCCUUCAACAAGUCCGAGUACGCAACGCGGCUCGAGCAGGAGAUGGCCGACUAUCGCAAGUCCAUCAACGAAGAGAAGCAGAUCUACGAGGACUUUCAGGCUGCGCACAAGGACGCAAAACGGAGACAUACGCCAAAGCACUCGGUCUACUCGGUCCCGUUCUAUCUGCAGAUGUGGGCGCUCAUGCAACGGCAAUUCCUCAUCAAAUGGCAGGACAAAUUCUCCCUGGUUGUGUCUUGGAUUACGUCCAUUGUUAUCGCCAUCAUCACCGGUACGGUCUGGCUGGACCAACCACAAACGUCGGCUGGUGCCUUCACACGAGGAGGUGUUAUCUUCAUCGCCCUACUGUUCAACGCGUUUCAAGCGUUCGCCGAGCUCGCCAGUACCAUGCUGGGUCGGCCCAUUGUCAACAAGCACAGGGCAUUUACUUUCCACCGGCCAUCGGCACUGUGGCUUGCACAGAUAUUGGUCGAUCUGGCGUUUGCGUCAGUGCAGAUCUUCGUCUUCAGCAUCAUCGUGUACUUCAUGACGGGUCUUGUGAGAGAUGCCGGCGCCUUCUUCGUAUUCACCUUGAUCAUCAUUACUGGUUAUCUGUGUAUGACGCUCUUCUUCCGCACAAUUGGCUGCCUAUGUCCUGAUUUCGACUACGCCAUCAAGUUCGCCGCUGUCAUCAUCACCCUCUUCGUCAUCACCUCCGGCUAUAUCAUCCAGUACCAAAGCCAGCAAGUAUGGCUGCGGUGGAUCUUUUAUAUCAAUACCUUGGGCCUAGGGUUUUCGGCCAUGAUGAUGAACGAAUUUAGUCGCUUGACGAUGGAAUGCACAUCUGAAUCUCUGAUUCCUUCCGGACCAGGCUACGACAACCUCGAGAAUCAAGUGUGCACGCUGCCAGGCUCCCGCGCGGGCUCUGACGUGGUUAGCGGUUCCGACUACAUCACCACCGCCUUCUCUUACGACCCCAGCGACUUGUGGCGCAACUUCGGCAUUAUCGUGGCUCUGAUCGCCUUCUUUCUCUUCACCAAUGCAACACUCGGUGAGUACGUCAAGUAUGGCGCCGGUGGCCGGACGGUGACCUACUUCCAAAAGGAGAACAAGGAACGAAAAGAAUUGAACGCCAAGCUGCAGCAGAGGAAGAAACAGAGGCAAAACAAGGAGGCCACUGAGGACUCGGAGCUCAAUAUAGCAUCGAAGGCUGUCCUCACGUGGGAGAACCUAACAUAUGAUGUUCCGACUCCAGCUGGACAGCUGCGGCUCCUCAAAGAUGUCUUUGGCUACGUCAAGCCCGGCCAACUCACUGCGCUUAUGGGAGCCUCUGGUGCAGGUAAGACGACUCUCCUCGACGUCCUCGCAGCCCGCAAAAACAUCGGUGUCAUCGGCGGCGACAUCCUCGUAGAUGGCGAGAAGCCUGGUAUCGCAUUUCAACGCGGCACCUCCUACGCCGAGCAGCUUGAUGUCCACGAGUCUACACAAACGGUCCGAGAAGCUCUUCGUUUCAGUGCCAACCUCCGCCAACCCUACGAGACUCCACGCGAAGAGAAGUACACGUAUGUCGAGGAAGUCCUGUCACUACUCGAGCUGGAGAAUCUGGCAGACGCCAUCAUCGGCACCCCUGAGUCUGGCCUCUCCGUCGAGGAACGCAAACGCGUCACUAUCGGCGUGGAAUUGGCCGCCAAACCACAAUUGCUGUUGUUCCUGGAUGAACCCACCUCGGGCCUCGACUCCCAGUCGGCGUUCAACAUUGUUCGCUUCCUCCGCAAGCUAGCAGCGGCUGGCCAGGCUAUUCUCUGCACGAUCCAUCAGCCUAACAGCGCGCUUUUCGAGAACUUUGAUCGCCUGCUUCUGCUCCAGAAGGGAGGCGAGACGGUCUACUUUGGCGAGAUCGGCAAAGACGCCCAUGUUUUGCUUGACUACCUUCACCGCCACGGCGCCGACUGCCCUGCAGACGUCAACCCAGCAGAAUACAUGCUCGACGCGAUUGGAGCCGGAAUUGCCGCCCGCGUCGGCGACCGCGACUGGGGCGAAAUCUGGCGCUCGUCGCCUGAAUGCGCCGCCACGAAGGAUGCCAUCGUCGCCAUGAAGCGCGAGCGCCAGCAUGAGAUCGCGAACACGUCGCAGCCCGAGCAGAAGGAAUACGCCACGCCACUAUGGCACCAGAUCAAGAUUGUCUCGUGGCGCACGCACCUGGCCUUCUGGCGCUCGCCCAACUACGGCUUCACGCGGCUCUUCAACCACGUCGCCAUCGCGCUGCUAUCCGGCCUGGCCUUCCUACAGCUCGACGACAGCCGUUCCAGUCUGCAGUACCGCAUCUUCGUCAUCUUCCAGGUCACCAUCAUCCCCGCCCUGAUCCUCGCGCAAGUCGAGCCCAUGUACGACCUCUCGCGCCUGAUCUUCUACCGCGAGAGCGCCGCCAAAGCGUACAAGCAAUUCCCCUUCGCCUUCGCCAUGGUGCAGGCCGAGAUGCCCUACAGCCUACUCUGCACCCUCGGCUUCUUCUUCCCCAUCUACUACCUCUCGGGCUUCAACGGCUCCAGCGACCGCGCCGGCUACCAGUUCUUCAUGGUCCUCAUCACCGAGCUCUUCUCCGUGACCCUGGGCCAGAUGGUCGCGGCCCUGACGCCCAGCUCCUUCAUCUCCAGCCUCAUCAACCCCUUCAUCGUCAUCGUCUUUGCCCUGUUCUGCGGCGUCACCAUCCCCAAACCCCAGAUCCCGGGCUUCUGGCGCGCCUGGCUCUACGAGCUCGACCCCUUCACGCGUUUGGUCUCUGGCAUGGUCACGACGGAACUACACGGUCUGCCCGUCAACUGCCGGCCCCACGAACUCAAUAGUUUCCCCGCCCCCGCAGGCCAGGACUGCGGCGACUACAUGGCUGAGUUCUUUGGGAGCGGCGGACCCGGGUAUCUGGCCAGUAACGUGUCCGAGGUGUGUGAGUACUGCGCUUACCGCGUGGGAGACCAGUUCUUUGGGCCCCUGCAGAUCAGUUUUGCGGAUCGCUGGAGGGAUUUGGGGAUUUUCGCGGCGUUUAUCGCCAGUAAUUUGAUCCUGUUGUUUAUUGGGAGUCGGUAUUUGAACUUUAAUCGGCGGUGA